GCGUUUGUACUCUGUGUUACUGUGUUAUGUUAGUACUAUGUUAUGGUAUUCUACCUAGUGCAUUAAGUUUUGCUCUCCUAGCUCCAAUUAUAUUGAUUGAAUCAGAACAUAUAGUCAACAUAGGUUUAUUGGGUAAGCAAAUGACUUUGAAAAUAAAUCAGUGGUUUCAAAAAGUAUAGUUCUUCAGGUUUAUUCUCCUCUGUUUCUAAGCAAUCAAAUCCACAGAAGCAAUGGAGUAUGAAAAUGCUACAGAAUUUAUACUUCUGGGUCUUUUUAGCAACAAGGACGUAAAGGCCACCUGCUCUGUGCUCUUCUCACUGUGCUAUCUUGCAAUUCUCUCAGGAAACCUGGUCAUUCUUCUCACCAUUAAGGGCAGCCACCUUCACCAACAGCCCAUGUACUUUUUUCUCAGCUACCUGUCUCUCAUGGACAUGUGCUUCACUUCCACGGUGGCCCCCAAACUGAUCAUAGAUUUAUUGGCUCGGUGGAAUACCAUCUCCUACAGUGGCUGCAUGGCCCAGAUGUUUUAUGCCCACUUCUUUGGUGCUACUGAGAUCUUCAUCCUGGUGAUCAUGGGCUAUGAUCGUUAUGUGGCCAUCUGCAGACCCCUUCACUAUACGGUCAUCAUGAGCAAACAUGUGUGCUAUGUCCUUGUGAUGGCCUCUAUUAUUGGAGCCUUUCUCCACUCACUCAUGCAUGUAUUGAUCAUUAUCAAACUUCCCUUCUGUGGCCCCAAUCAGAUAGAUCACUAUUUUUGUGACGUGUUCCCAUUGCUGAAGCUGGCCUGCACUGAUACAAGACUCUUGUUUAUUACAAUCAUUACCACCACAGGGGUGCUGUCCAUUUUGACCUUUGUUGCCUUGGUGAUUUCUUACAUCAUCAUCCUGUCCACCUUGAGGACCCGCUCCUCCGAGGGCCGCCGCAAAGCCCUCUCCACCUGUGGCUCACACAUCACGGUCGUGUUCCUGUUCUUCCUGCCCCUUAUCUUCACCUACGCCCCCACGGUUGAAUCCACCAGCGAUGACAAAGUGUUGGCUCUGUUUUACACCAUGAUUGCCCCCUUGUUCAAUCCCCUCAUCUACACACUGAGAAACGCGGACAUGAAGAAGGCCAUGAGGAAAGUGUGGUGCCGAGACAAACUGUCUGAAAGGCAUCCAAGUCUCUGCUGCUGAAGCCCCUUGUUCAGUCUUCUAUCCAGAGUCAGUGUCAUCGAAUGCACCAGGGCCCGGGAGGAGGCGUGCUACCUUCAA